UUGCCAAGAUUUGCACAAAUUUUAUUUAUAUUCAGAGUCCUCCACCGCCACCACUUAGAAGCAAGCCAAGAGGGCGUAAUUCUGAGAAGUAUCGUAAAGCAAUAGCCGAGCGACAGCAUCACCAUGACCAUGAUGAAUCUCCAAAUACUGGGCUUGCUGCGAAUGUGUUGUCCAAGGUACUGGGUUCUUUGGAGGAAAGGCGGAAAUCAACUAGUGAAGCAGAUGUGUCAGCACCCCAUGCCGUCACUCUGCUGGAACAGCCUGGGCACGAACCUCAGAAAGCGAACUUACCAAGUACUGAGGAGCCGCUCAACGAUGAGGAUCUGGUGGAUGUGAAUGUGGAUACAUUCUUCUCUGACGCUUUGACAACAUCGAACUCAGGCGAUGAAGACGAGACUCAAUCUCAGAAACUGCAGAAGUGGCAGAAAUCGAUCAGCGAUGUCACACUGACGACACCAGGUGCAUCUCCAUCAAAAACCAAACGGCUAGAAAUGGAGAAGCCAUUAUGCGAAGGAGAGUACGUGGUUUCUGAGUUGCCUAAGGCUCCAGAUAUGGCACCUUCAACACCUUCACCAGCUGUCCUAGCUGUUGAAGCGCUUAUCACGCUGGUAGCCUCUGGCAGGACUUCGGCAGAGGCAAAUACGCCUCUGAAUGACUUCAACGAAGCUGAAAUGCUUUGCAGUGAGAAUCCUAUGAAUGCUGAAGAUCCUGAAGACGUAUGCCAGAGGGUAGAGACGAUGUUAGAUGCAUUGCAGAGAGUAAAUCAACCGCUGUUGCUUCGAUGA